AACCGCUAACAAAUCAACGAAGAAGACGACUUGCGGAGGAGGAAGAACACCGACUUGGAGGGAGAUUUGAGUUUUGUGUUUGCGACGCACAAUGGCGACCGACCCAGACAUCAAAACAUUAACAAAUGGAUUUAUUUGCAAGUUAUGCGAUGUUAAGAUUCCUAACGAGGCGAGUUUAGGGGCCCACAUGAAUGGGAAGAAGCACCAGCACUUGUGCAGACUGCGGGCGAAGAGAAAAGCUCAGGAGGAGAACAGCGUGUAUGUCAGCGGCUUCAAACCCGAUACGUCUACCAGCGAGCUGUCUGAAUAUUUCCAGCAGUUCGGACCCGUGUCCGAGGUCAUCAUGGACAAGGAGAGGAGUCUGUAUGCCAUUGUAGAGUUUACAGAGAGCACGAGCACCGAGGCAGUGUUGGCUCAGCUGCAGCAUCGUUUGGACGGACUGAAGCUCCGCGUAAAACCCAGAGAGAGAAAGGAGUUCAAGCUGGCCAGCAAGGGGAAGCACGACCGAACAAAACCUCACAUCAGCCUGGAGAAGCUCAACCACGAGCUCUGCCUCAUGUCUUCUGUAAAUGAGCAGAUGCAGAAAAUGGUGGAGAUUUUCCAGCUGAGUGAGAAUGACAGUAAAGCAAGGCAGCUUCUCAUUCAGCUCCUGGAGGAGGUCUUCAUCGAAUUUCUACCAGAUUGUCAGAUCGUUCCAUUUGGCUCCUCUGUGAACACGUUCGGUUCCCACUCGUGUGACCUCGAUCUCCUCUUGGACCUGGAGAACACCAAAGCCUUCCAGAAUCGCACCAGGAUGUUAGAGCAGCAGACGCCCGAGAACCAGUCAGAGGAUGGACAGUCAGAAGACAUCCUGUCCGACAUCAACCUGGCCACGGCUUCCCCCGCGGAGCUGCUGGAGCUGGUGGCGGCCAUUUUGAGAAAGUGCACACCUGGAGUGCAUAAGAUCCAGACAGUGAGCAGCGCACGCCUCCCAGUGGUCAAGUUCAGCCAUCGGCAGCUCAACCUGCAGGGAGACAUCACCAUCAACAACAGGCUGGCGGUCAGAAACACGCGAUUCCUGCAGCUCUGCUCGGGGCUGGACUCCAGAGUGCGCCCUCUCGUCUAUACUGUACGAUUCUGGGCCAAGCAGAAACAAAUUGCAGGAAAUCCGUCUGGCGGGGGGCCACUGCUGAACAACUACGCACUGACGCUGCUGGUCUUAUUCUACCUGCAGACAAUCAGUCCACCUGUACUGCCUUCUGUGGAGCAGCUCAAGAACAUGGCAUGUGAGGAGGAGGAAUGUGUCAUUGACGGAUGGGACUGCACCUUCCCUAGUCAGCCGAUCGGCGUGCCUCCUAGUAAAAACACAGACGACCUGUGCACUUUACUUUUUGGUUUCUUUACCUACUUCUCCAAGUUUGAUUUUCCUGGAUCCGUGCUGUCUCUGAGAGCCGGGCGCAUUCUUCCCAUCACAGACUUUCUGAGCAGAGAUGAUAUGUCUGAUACUGCAGAGAACUUGGACAGUGCAAGGCAAAAACCAACUGAACACCCUAAACUUGGACCUGUUAACAUCCUGGACCCAUUUGAGUGCCACCAUAAUGUAGCUGGCAACCUUACCGAGCGAACACACAAGAACCUACGCAGGGAGUUCUGCGAAGCUGAGAAGUACUGCCGGAGCCAGCAGUACCAGCGCAAGUCAUCCAAGGGCAAGUCCUGGGGGCUAGUUAAGCUUUUCGCACCACAUGCAGAGGGUCCCUCCUGCUCACAUGAUGCAUUAGAAAAAGUCCCGGAGAUCAACAUCCCAUUCAGGGCAGCCAUUUUGACACCUUCUUUCCGUGCAGAGCUGAGUUCAGCAGGAGAGGCAUUCCGAGUCCUUUGGUUCAAAAAGGUCUGCUCCGCCUUGGAGGUGGUGUUCAAUGACAUUCUCAAGUGUACACUGUCAGACCAUGUCGAGAUCAGUCAAGAUCAAACCGUCACCAAAGAUGAGGAAAUUAACAAUAAUCAGAGUCUUGACAAUUCCAGCCAUCAGCAAACAGUUCAGACUGGAAUAAAGAGACCUUUGUCCAUAGAGGAAGGUCCAUCCUGCUCUUCUUCACCCCUGGAAAAGAGGAUGAGACUGGAACCAACAACAAAUUAUCCAGAGGUGGCUCACUGGACCUGGACUCAGAAACACCCGGUGUGGGCUGGCCGAAGGAAGAUCCGGAGAAUUUUACUGAAAACAAGUGAUGAGUCCUCCAAGCCUGAAGGGGGCUGCAGCAGCAUUGAGAGCAGGGUGACCCAGUACAUCAUAGAGAAUGACUCAAACCCAAAGGAGAAAGUGCAGUUCGGGGUGGAUGCCGUUGUAGCCGGCAGUGACGAGUGCACGAAAGCGGUGCUUAAAUUUAAAGCAACCGAUGAUCCUGCAGGACAUUUUCAAGACUUCGUCCAUUUUCUUGAUACUUUCCUGCCCAAGAUGGUGGAUACAUUGUUGGCGAAAUCUGAAUGAUCAUUUUGUUCUUUGACUGCCCUUCCUGCACAUUUCAUUUGUAAUAAGUAGACUAUUGGGUCUAUUUGAAUGUAGACACAAUAAUUAACAAAUGUUUGAUAUAGUUUGGUUGUCGUCUGGCCUGUUUUUCCUUAUUUGUACUCUGAUUUUUUUUUUGUGAUUAUUCAUUUCAAAGAAACAAAUUGUUUUGAUUUAAACUAGUUUGUUGUAUAUUUUGGUUUGUUUAUUGUCAAAAAGAAAAGUUAUAAGUGCAGGUUAUUAAACGUGAAGCUAUCA